AUGCGUCAUAUUAAAGAUCCUACAAUAGCAUUCCUCGCUUCUACGGAAGACUGGUCGUCAGGAGAUGAUAGCUGGCUAUUUAAGCUGAGCGAGAUCAGAGCUGCCACAAAUGACUUCUCUAACACUACCAAACUCGGACAAGGCGGAUUCGGGAAAGUUUACAAGGGGAAACUUAAGGGUGGACGACAAAUUGCAGUAAAGAGGCUUGAAGGUUGCUCUAAUGAGGGUAAGAAGCAAUUCAAGAAUGAGAUAAUGUUGAUGGUCAGACUCCAACACAGGAACUUGGUUAAGCUUGUCGGGUUCUGCUUUGAAGGUGGAGAGAGGAUCAUAAUUUACGAGUUUGUUCCUUAUGCAAGCCUCGAUAGGUUCAUAUCAGAUCCAAACAAACGUGUACUGUUAGACUGGACGAAGCGCUAUAAGAUUAUAAAAGGAAUCGCUCGGGGGCUCCUUUAUCUUCAUGUUGACUCACAACUUAGGCUCAUCCACUGCGAUCUGAAACCAGCGAAUAUCCUACUGGAUGAGAAAAUGAACCCGAAGAUAGCGGAUUUUGGCACAGCAAGACUAUUUCCUUCAGACCAAAGCAGUGAAAGAACGAUAAAUAUUGCUGGUACAUUCGGUUAUAUGCCUCCCGAGUAUGUGCAACAUGGAGAGAUCUCUUUGAAGACAGAUGUUUACAGUUUUGGGGUCAUGGUACUAGAGAUCAUCAGCGGUCAGAAGAAUGGAUUUUUGGACAUUUUUGGUUCUUCAGCUCACCUGGCAAGCUAUGCGUGGAACAACUGGAAAAAAGGAACGGCAAUGAACCUGGUAGACCAUUUUCUCAAGGGCAGUCCAGUAGGUGAAAUCCUCUACUGCAUUCACAUAGCAUUGCUGUGCGUUCAAGAGGAUGUGGCUCGUCGACCUACCACGGCUUCCGUUACUUUGAUGCUGAACACUGAGAGUCAAAGCCUUCCUAUGCCUUCCCAUCCGGCAUUUUUAACUGACUCUUCAAUGACGAAUAAUCAAGCUCUAGCCCAACCAGAGUGA